AUGUUUAACCAAAAUUUUAAUAAUUCGAAUUUGAAUAAAGGGAACUUUCAAGAUUCAAAUAAUUUAUUAAAAAAUAAGAAUAUGUUUAUGCAAAAUUCAUCACAAAAUAAUAACAUAUUUGGAACAUUUAAUCAAAAUAAUAAUACGAAUAAGGGUUUAUUUGGAAAUAGUAAUUUACAAUCAAAUAUUGGUAAUACAGAUAAUUCUCUUUUUGGAGGUUCGAAAAUUCAACAACCUAAUAAUGCAUUAGUAAAUAAAAGUAUAUUUAAUUUAGGUGGGAGUAGUAGUACUUCCACUGGUUUAGGUGGUGGGAAAAGUAUUUAUGAAAAUAUGAAUAGCCAAUCAAAUUUAAAUACAAAGAAUAUAUUUGGUUCUACAAAUGUAAGUAAUACUACACAAGGAAAUAUGGGUGGUAAUAGUUUAUUUAUGAAUGCUAAUAAUCAAAAUAAUUUAAAUAUGAAAAAUAUUUUUGGAACCUCCUCAGGUUUAAAUAAUCAAACAAGCAAUUUAGGUAAUAAAAGUAUAUUUGGAGGUUUACAAUCAAAUAAUCAAACAACAUCAUCAAAUAAUAUUUUUGGUAAUAUGUCAUCGAAUCAAACUAAUUCAAGUAAUAUAUUUGGUAAUUUAUCAUCAACUAGUCAAAAUAAAUCAAAUAGCAUAUUUGGAGGAUUAGGUACUUCUACCAAUCAAAGUACUGGUGGUGGACUUUUCGGUAAUACAGGGGCUACUAGCCAAAAUAAAACUGGGGGUAUAUUUGGUGGUUUAUCAUCAGCAAAUCAAGCUGCUACAAGUAGUAGUAGUAUGUUUGGAGGUUUAUCAUCUAAUCAAGCCAAACCUACAAACAGUUUAUUUGGUGGAUUAUCAAGUGGAGCAACAAGUAAUACUGGCACUCAACAAUCAGGUAAUUUAUUUGGAAAUGCAUCAGGCAUGGGCCAAAAUAAAGCUGUUGGUGGCAUAUUUGGUAACUUACCAUCAGCAAAUCAAGCUUCUACCAGUAGUAGUAAUAUGUUUGGUGGCUUAUCUUCCAAUCAAGCUAAACCUACAAGUACUUUAUUUGGUGGAUUAUCUAGUGGUACUACUACAAAUACAAGUACUCAACAAUCUGGAAAUUUAUUCGGAGGUGCUACAGGCUUAGGUCAAAAUAAAACUGGUGGUGGUAUUUUCGGUACCUUACCAUCAGCAAAUCAAACUUCGACAAGUAGUAGUAAUAUGUUUGGGGGUUUAUCUACCAAUCAAGCCAAACCAACAAGUAGUUUAUUUGGAGGAAUGUCAAGCGGUACAACAGGAAUGACAACUAAUACUACUGCACAGUCAGGUAAUUUGUUUGGUUCGACUGGAACUAGUCAGAAUAAAACUGGUAAUCUUUUUGGAGCAUUACCAGGAGCUAAUCAAACAUCUACAACAAGCAAUAUAUUUGGAGGUUUGUCUUCUACCCAAAGUAAACCUGCAAGUAACAUUUUUGGUACUAUGGGAACUACAAGUGCCACUACAACACCAGCAUCCACAAGUAGUAAUAUAUUUGGUUCUACUGGUGGUUUGAAUCAAACUAAACCAACAACAGGUAAUGUUUUUGGAUCAUUACAAACAAUGACUCAACCAGGAAGUACGAAUAUGUUUGGAACAACACAAGGAACAUCUCAAGGUUUAACAAGUAAUAAUAUGUUUUCAUCAAGUACUACACCUGGAAGUACUCAAAAUAAAUUUACUAAUAUGUUUGGAACAUUAUCUGGGACUACUGGAAGUACCCCUAUGGGUACAUUAACAACACCUAGUGCUACUACAACUGGAACCACUGGAUUAACUGGUACAGGUUUAGGGGGUACAUCUGGUACAAGUAAUAUAUUUGGAAAUGUAUCAGGAAGUAGUGGUUUUGGUAAUUUGAGUGCAAGUAAGAAUAUAUUUGGUUCAACUGGUACAGGUAUGACAUUAAGUACUGCAAGUACAAGUUUAAGUCCUAGUGCAGGUACUACUUUGGGCCAAAAUUUAGGUGGCACCAUGACAUCUACUUUAAAUACUAAUUUAACUACGCCCGGUUUUGGUCAAAGUGGAGGUAGUAACAUUUUUGGUAAUUUGGGUGGUACAGUAACUAGUAAUAUAGGUAGUACAACUACGCCUACCCCUAGCAGUAGUACUUUAUUAGGUAGUACAUUAACAAGCGGAUUAAGCAGUACUACAGAUAAUGCAUCAAAGAAUUUUUUAUUAGGUGAUAAGAAUGCGCUCACCGUUAAUCCAUUAGGUGGAACGCCAACAUUACCAAGUAGUAGUACUAAUUUGACUAUGCAAACAGGCACAGGUUUAACAAGUAGUACCCCUAAUAUUUUAAUAAAUGAUCAACCAAGAGUUGUUGAUAACCUGAAUCGUGUUACUGAAUUGAAGAGAGAUAAAGAACAAAAUGUGAGGAGUGCAGAUAAGUUCCAUGGGUUACACGAUGAGUUAACUAUUAUAAAAAAGAAAGAAAGUAUUUUUGACAAGAUAUAUAAUGAUGAUGUAGAAUAUGAAGAUGAGGAAGAAGAAGAUGAAGAAGGUGGAACAAGUGGAGGAUUAUUUUAUAAUUAUAUAAAUUUAAUAAUUAAUGAUAAUAUAAAUAAUAUUCAAAAAAGUACAUUAACUUUAUUAAAUGAUCAUGAUUCUUUAAUGUGGGAUAACUUCAAAAGUCAUAUAUUUAAAAAUUUUGUUGAUUAUUUAGUAAAUUCUAAACAAAAAAAAAAUCAAAAGAUGAUCAAGGGUAAUGUAUUAGAUUUAGAUCAGCAUGAAUUUCAAAUAUUAAUAUGGUUAUAUAAUGUAAAUUCAACCAAAUUAAAUUUUAUACCUUUUAAAAGUUUCUAUUAUUUAUUACUAAGUGAAACUAAUUUAAAUUAUUCUAAAGUAUUAAUAGGAGGAUCUGAUAAAAAAAUAUUAUUAGAUAAUUUUAUAGAGGUUAAUGAUCAUUAUUAUAUUAAUUCAAAUAAUGAUAUAUUUAAGUCACAAUUAAAUAAAUAUAGAAAUAGUUCACUGCAUCGAGAUGAAUAUAAUAGUUCUUUAGAUAUCGAUUCUAUGUAUAAACAGUUGUUAAAAGAUAUAUUGAAUAGUUUAUUAAAUAUGAAUUUGUCCAUAACAAAGGAAAAUAUGAGAAAGAAAAUGAAAACUGAAAAUUUGAAUGAAGGUAAUGAUGGAAAAAGUGCAGAGGUUGAAAUGAAAAAGAAAAGAGUUAAUGAAGAAAAAAAAAAAAGAGAAAGAAGAAGAAGAAGCUUAAAAAAAAAACAAAGAGUUUCUAAAUAUAAAAAUGAAGUUAAUGAGGAUAGUUAUGAAGAAGAAAAAAGUUAUGAAAGUGAUAAAAGUUAUGAAAGUGAUAAAACUGAUAAAACUGAUAAAACUGAUAAAAGUGUUGAUAAUAAUGAUCAAAGUUAUGAUGAGAAUGAUCAAAGUGAUGAUGAUAAUGAUAAAAGUUAUGAUGAUAAUGAUAAAAGUUAUGACGAUAAUGUUGAAAGUUAUAAUAAUGAUGAAAAUAAUAUAAAUACAAAAAAGAUGGUAAGAAUUCCCCAAUUUAGAUAUGAAAAUAUUUUACUUAAUUAUUUAUUUGGUACCCUUCAACAUUUACAUGAUAAAUUUUAUAAAAUCGAGAUAAGCAAUUAUGUUUCAAAAGAUUUAAAUCAAAUAGAUGAAUAUUUUCUUGAUGCGAAAUCCAAUGCUAUAUUUUCAUAUUGUUAUAAUAAUUUUUAUAAGAAUGAGAUGGAUAAAGAGAAUAGUACUAUUCAUUUUUUUUUUUAUUUAGUUAAUAUUAUGUUUAGAUGUGGUAAUUAUAUUGGUUUAAUACAAAUAAUAAAACUUGAAGAAUUUAUAAAAAAUUUGAAUAUUGAUAAUUAUUUAUAUGAUUUUGUAAUAUUAUUAAUAAGAAUAUUAUUAUUAAUUUAUAAUAAAAAGAAUACGAUGAAUAUUUUUGAAAACAUGAAAGUUGAUAUUGAUUGUACUGAUAUAUUUAAGAAAAAAAUACACAUGUCAAAUAUAAUAAAUUUUUUCCAUUCAAUUAUAUAUUUAUGUAUAAAUAAUAUAUAUGCAUAUGAUUUGUUAUGUAUAUUAUUUUCUGAUAUAUUUUGUAAAAAAGGAAAUAUGUAUACUAAUCGUGAUAAGAAAAUAGCUAUGAAAAAUAUAUUUUUUUAUAUUAGAAAGAAGAAUGUUCCAAUGAGUAAUACUACUACUAAUAAUAUUAAUAAUAAUAAUUAUGGUGCAAGUGCUUUUCAUAGUGUAUCAGAUGACGAUUUAUUAGGUGAUAAGAAUUAUAUCAAAGAAAUAAGAAAUAGACAUAUGAAUUAUGAUUAUAAUACAGAUAAGGCAAUGAUGAAUGGUUCUCGUCAUAAGAAUCGUCAUCAUGCUAAUAAUAAUAAUAAUAAAGAUGGUAAUAUAUAUUAUAAUGAUACUAUAAAUGAUAGUAGUAAUGAUGAUUAUGGAGAAGAUGAAGAUGAUGAUGGAUAUAAUAGUAGAGACCUUGAUAAGAAGCAAAAAAAGAAACCGUUCUUGUUUGAUAUGAUUAGUAAUAUGCUUCAAAAGCCUAAACCUGUGAAAGAAUAUGAGAAUGAUUUUAAUAAUGUAAUGGACAUAAAUGAUGAGGUGAAUAAAGGAAUAUAUAAUCUACGUAAAAGUACGUUUUCAAAAAAUCAUAAUGAUAUAUACUUAGGUGUGACUAAUAGACAUGCCUUUAAUUUUCAAUAUUGUAAUAUUGAAACAAGUAUAUGGAUAGAAUUAUGUUUAUUUUUAUCAAAAAAUUUUAAUAUAUAUGGAAGUAAAUUUAUUGAUAAUUUUGAUAUAAUAGAUACUGAUGUAUUAUAUUGUGAAGAAGAAAACGUAUCACAUAUAAAUGAUACAAAAUGUCGAAGAGAACGUAUAAAUAAAAGAAUUGAAGUUUUAUUUAUAACUAUAUCAAAUUAUAUUAUUAAUGAAAAUAAAGAAUAUUUAUAUAUAUGUUCAAAACUUAAAGUGGAUGAAGUAAUGAAUAAUUUUUUAAUUAAUGAUGGAAAAAUAUCAGAAAAAUUAAAAGGAAAUAUAAGUAAAGUAUUAAAAAAUAAUUUUUUAUUAUAUAUAAAAUUAUUUUAUUAUUUAUUAUUAGUUGGUAAUAUAUAUACAACUAUUGUAUUUUUAUCUUGUAUUUCAAAUAAUGUCCAAAGAAUUUUAUUAGUAUUAAGUAUCUUUUUACAUAAUAAUAAUAUUUUUGAAAACCAUUUAUUAAAUAAUAUAAAAAUGAAAACAUUACAAUAUUUAAAAUUUAGAAAUGAUCACAAUAGUAUAUUAAAUACAUCUCAUGAUAUUACAGAUGUACCUAAUUCAGAAAAUAAAUUUAAUUUAAUAUUAUUAAGUAUGAGUAAUCAAGAUUUACCUUUUGAUCAUUUUGUGUUACGUAAUAACAAUAUUAAUAUAUUAUUAAAAAUAACAUAUUUAUUAAAUUUAAAAACUAAUAUUAGUAUUAAAUUAUUAAAAAGUAUAGUACAAGAAAAUCAAGAUAUAUUAUUACAUGAAAGUGUAAUUGGACAUAUAAAUAAUGAUGGAAAUAUAUUUUAUGGAAAGUUACAUGAUUUUUUAUUUUUAUUUAAAAAUAAAAUUAAGAUAAGAAAAGAUAUUAAAUGUUUUUUCUUAAUGUAUUAUAUAUUAUAUAAACAAAAUGUUUCAAAUAAUAUUUUAUUAAAAACAAGACAAAAUGAAAUGGAUGAAGAAUAUUUAUAUAAAUCAAGAAAUUUUAAAUUUGUUCAUAAUAAAAAUAUUAAUACAUUAAAUAAAAUUUCAUUAGAUAAUUCUUUAAUAAGUGUACAUUCAUCAAUUCUUUAUAAAAUAUCUCAAUUCUAUGCUAUCUUAGCUUACUUUGCAAAUCAAAGGAAAAAUUAUAUAAUAUCAUUUAUAUGUUAUUAUAUUUUGAAAGAUGAAGAGAGUGCGAUCAAUUCCUUAAUAAGAAUAUAUAAUGACGAGUUGAUAUAUUAUUUUCAUAAUAAUGAGAAGGAGUAUAAUUAUAUUCGUAAAUGUGCCUUUAGAUUUUUCCACCUCGCAAAGAAUAUGUGGCCAUCCAAUGUCAAACUGGAAUCUAUUGAAAAUAAGUCUUAUCUCAUUUUAUGCAUACUAUUUAUGAAAAAGAAAUUGUUUGAAGAAGCCUUUGUUAUUUUUUCUAGUAAUUUAGUUCCUGAUAAUAUGCUAGAAAAAUUGUCUACAGCUGAUUAUUAUAAUAUUGAUCUCUCUUCAAAUUUCUUAAUGACAUUAAAGGAAUUAUGCACACAAAAUUAUAGGAUUGAUGAACUUGUGAGUAAACCAGCAUUGAAGGCAAUUAUUAAAUUCUUAAAUCCAAUAAAAGAUAAAUUGGAUCCACAAAUUAUUGAAAGUAUUAAUUAUUUGGAUGAACUAAAUUAUUGA